CAAAUGUUUCUUCUCAGUUGUAUUUGAGAUCAAAUAUUGCAACAUGAAGAAGCUCAAAUUAAGGUGUGCUUCAUUCGUAAUUGAUGCAAAGCCGUUUUCCUUCAUAAAGGUGCUCAUUUCUUCAUAUAGCCCAUUCGAACGUGAUUACAUAUCUUCUAUAACAGUUAGUUCGCGUGAUUUUACGACUAUACAGAAGUUAGUGGCUUCCAUGUGCCAAUGCCAAGAGUUAGUGAAGGUUAGUGAACACCGCUCAAUGGAAGCAUCGUUUCUUUUCAUGAGGCAAGUUUAUGCAUACUAAUCUUAAUUUCUCAAAACAAUGAAGUAAGGAACCUUGACUGGCAGACAGCAUCUACAGAAGACAGGGGUGCAUUAUUUUGCAUUUUUAACCACAAUCGACCUUGGCCACUGCAGCCAUGUCAGUUUCACGAAAUUUAAAGUGAUUAACUCUCCCAUCGCCUCUUUGUCAAUGCCGUUGUCGGCAGAUGAGGACGAAGAUGAGGAUGAAGAGGAAGAAGACGAUGAUGAUGAUGAAGGUUAGGGUAGCCAUGCCAAAAGAGAGGAAAACCAGCCCAAAUGUUAGGACGAAGAAUAUUUUAUCAUGGACAUUUCUGGAAACACCAAAACUGGCCACUUGUGAUUAAGCUGAGUGGAUGGUGGUGAUGGUCACUCAUAUGUCACGACCUUUUCGGUGCGAUUGGUUUCACAUCCGACACUUUCGUUUUCCAAAGUGCUCCUAGCACUAGCAGAAUGUCAACUUCCAGCCAGAUCAGGCGGGUGAAAUUUGUUAUUUCAAAGGUGCAAAGAGGGGGGGGGGUAGAAGCAAAGGGCUUUUACUGUGUAAAGUCAACAACGCCUGAAUGGAUGUCACUCAAAACUAACCCGAUCACUAUAAAUGGCAGAGGAAUCCCGAGAGAAGGCAUCAGUGUUCAAUCCUCUUCUCUCCCAACAACCAAACAGUAACUACUACCACAAAUCACUUCUACUACACCUACUACCCCUACUUCUACUACCAUGAACAAGUUCAUUGUUGCUGCUUUCGCCAUGAUGGCCUCCUCCGCCUCCAUCUCCUCAGCUGACCAAUCCUCGCCCCAUCAACCGCAAAAAUACCGCCCCGAUCCCUCCACCUCUUACUCACCUCAUAGCCGCGGAGGUUACGAGGACGUUCCUUCCCCUUACGCCUACCAAUAUGGCGUGGUGGACGAGCACACUGGAACGAGUUUCGACAAGACUGAGCAACAGGAUGCCAGUGGCAACCUCCAAGGAUCCUAUCGAGUGAACUUGCCCGAUGGUCGCGUCCAAGUGGUCUCUUACACUGCCACCCACGAAGGUGGCUACGUGGCUGAUGUCAAAUACGAAGGCGAACCCCAGUAUCCCGAUUCCAAUUCCAAUUCCCCAUCGGGAGGCUUCACCGCCUCUCAAUACUCUCCAACCAAACACCACACCUUCACCAGCAAACCUCAUUCCCACCACAAUAGCCAAUCUCAACGUCACAAUAGCCAACCCCAACAUCACCAUAGCCAACCCCAUCCCGGUUCCUCGUCCUCGUCCUCCGGAUCCUUUGACAGUCCCCUGCCUUUUGGACCUUCAGGCAUUUAGACACUGUCCUCUUCCCACCUCCGAAUUGCUAUGAUCGCUCAGCUAAAGACAAAUCUCCCAUCCUGGAACCAAACCUGAAUCGUCACAUGUUUUUGAGUAAUGGAACGACUUCAAGAGGUUGAGCCUUGUUCAUGAUAUCAUUCCAAAUUAUCUACGCAUUGACCAUGAGUUUUCAUUGUAUGACAAACUCUCAUUAAAUUUGCUGAUUAAACACAAUUGAAUUGCUAACCCCGGAACAUAUCUUCC